CUCAAACUCGAGCUAGGCCGCCCAGCUAAACCCUAAUAAGGAGGUGAGUUAAAAAUGGCGGUUCCAUUGUUGAAGAAGGCGAUCGUGAAGAAGAGGGUCAAGCAGUUCAAGAGGCCCCAAAGCGACCGCAAGAUCUGCGUCAAGACCAACUGGAGGAGACCUAAGGGUAUUGACUCUCGUGUUCGAAGAAAGUUCAAGGGAGUUACUCUCAUGCCAAACAUAGGUUAUGGUUCUGAUAAGAAGACUCGCCAUUUUCUUCCCAACAAGUUCAAGAAGUUUGUUGUCCACAAUGUCAAGGAGCUUGAAAUUCUGAUGAUGCACAAUAGGACGUACUGUGCUGAGAUUGCACACAAUAUCUCGACAAAGAAGAGGAAGGAAAUUGUUGAGAGAGCUGCCCAGCUUGAUGUUGUGGUGACUAACAAGCUUGCAAGGUUGCGUAGCCAGGAGGAUGAAUGAGCUUGUUUUAGCCAUCUUUUGUACUGGUUCUUUUGUUUUGACCUGAUGAUGAGUUGUAGACAGAUUUUUAAUACUCAAUAUCAAAAAAUUUAAUCGUUGAUUAUUUCUAUGUUGUGCAAUCAUACACUGGAUUAUCAAGAAUUAGGUGAAAAGUGUUUCGUCAUCUAGGCUUUUGAAGUAUGGAAAUGGCAAGUUGAAUGUUUUGUCCA